UUUCGAAUGUUCGAACAGUCCAAUGAGAGACGAGGAGGGCUUUACCCCCGGCAAUUUUGAACCGAGCUGAUGCGCGAGCGAGGCACCCGAGUCUGAUAAUUAUGGACGAAGGAGAGACUGCUUCGAUGCCGAGCCGAAAAGAGCUCCGAAAGCAGAAGUUGAUGGAAUACUUGGCAGCAAAGGGGAAGCUGAAACUGCCCAACCCUUCGCUGAACCACCGUGAUGACUGUCAGGCGAAGAAUAGAACUGCCUCUGCACUAAAGCCAGUCAAGGGAAAAGAGAACAAAGCUCCACAUGCUGUCAAUACUACAAAAGAAGGCGUCAAAGGUCAACCUCAGACUGCUAAAGCCAGUGCACACCCUACCAAAACAUAUUGUAAUGUUAUUAACAAAGUGAAUGUGCAGAAAGGUGACUUGACUGGAGCUCAGAAUGCCAACCCUGCUGCACUCAGAGACCCAACAUGGACAAAACUGAACCACAACCCAGCAGCUCCAAGAAUAUACACUAUUGCAUCCCUCAAAUCCAGCCUUAUUGCAACCAUCCCUCCAAAAACGCAGCCACAUACAGGAAAAUGCUUUUCUAAAGCAGCUCCUACAACUUUGUCAAAACCCAAGAGUAAAAUCAAUAGUGGCCCAAAUGCCCCCCCAGUGGGUCCCAGUAAGACAGUUGGUGUCAGGAUGAGUCUUGGCCCCAUUGUCAAAACCAGAACAGGACUCAUUCCUGCAGUGGUCCAGCCGAGAAACUCAAUGUCAAAUGUAUCAUGCAGCUCUACUGCAGCAACUGCUACCACUAGUACUAGUGUGGCCAACAGAGGGCGCUCUGCUUUAUCAGGCUGCAUUUCCCAGAGGUCUGACCUGUCUCAGAGAAAAACAGCUGUCAACAAGCCUGUGCAGAAGACAACCACUGCUACUGGGACUGCAAGCACAGGGAUUAAAACUCAAGCUCAGAGCAAGUCUAAUUCUAAAGCACUUCAAAACAAACCUCUUUAUCAGUCACGUAAAAGUCAACCAUCUGCUGGACUCAGAUCAACAAAUGUGUACACCAGGCGCACAAUGGCCCCUAUCAAGCCAGAAGAGAGGGAAAGACUGUCAAAAACAGCAAAAUCAGCUGCAGGGCCCACAAACAAGGUUGCACAGCAGAGACCUGUGUUUGCAGAGGCAGGUAUAGGGCAACCACACAAAGUUCGCUCUACUGCCUCUUUGGGCGCAGUGAGUCGGUCUACUUCCAGAGCAACUAACAGGGUUAUGCAGGCUGCUGUGACAGAGCUGGGAGGAAAAGCGAAGAUAUGUAAAGGAAUGGAAAAAAUGAAGGGAGAGAAUUCAGUAAAAGUGCCACCACCACCGCCGGCAGACUCAAAAAGAACAGCUGCUCCAUUGAUGCCACAGACAGUGCCACGCUUGGCCAGGAGUGCCAGCCAGGGAGGACAGGCCACAGACAUUAAGACACCCAGAGCCCCUGUCAGAGUCAUUCCUCAGACAGAGGGAAAGAAAAUGACGGCAGCCCAGGAGGAGAGAAUGAGGAAGCUCCAGGAGUGGCGGGAAUCCAAAGGCAUCUCCUACAAGCGUCCUCCCAUGCCAGUGAAACCUCAGGCUAGGCGAACUGUGGCCUUUCCCCAACCUUACUGGGCCACCAUGAAGGAGGAGGACGAGGCCCACUCCCUCAUCUGCGCUGUGGACAGAUCCCUCGCUGACUGCAUCAAAUUGCUAGGAGAGGGUUGCUCUGCAGACCAAGUGAAAGAGGUUCUUUCACGGUUGCCACCAGUGGCCCAGAAGUUUUCCAAGUACUGGAUUUGUCAGGCCCGUCUGAUGGAGCAACAGGGCAACCUGGAUGUCCUGCCCAUGUUUGAAGAGGCAGUGCGCAUUGUGUUAGAGCCGGUGGACGAGCUGCGAACUGUGGUGUUUGAGAUUCUGAAGAAAAAGGAUGAGAUCCAAGGUCCCUCAUCUGUAUCUCAGGUUGAGAUAGAGGAAGACCAAAUGCCAACACCAAGGGACUGCACUCCUGAAGAUACCUACAACCCCAUGGUAACCCCUAAACCUGUCAAAGCCCUCAUCUGCGGCGAGAAGGGAGACUCAGCUGUGGUCAAAUACAAGAUCACAGCCACCCCUGGUCGGGUUCACUGCCAACAGAAGGAGCCAGCCCGGGUCAAUGGCCAGGAGGUGCGCUUCUUCACCCCCGUUAGGCGCUCUGUGCGAAUCGAGAGGGCCUCGCUCAUCUACCCGGCCUCCCUCCGGGAUCAUGACCUCUGUGUGGCCUCCUAUGAUGACCUAAUUGCUGAGGAGGAAAAAGACAGGAAACGGGAGUCAGAGGAAACAAGUCCAUCUACCCAUGACACACCAGUCUAUGUCUACAGGGAGAACGAGGCUCUGAAAGAUCAGGUACUCGUGCAGCUUGUCUACGAUGAUGAUGAUGAUGACUGAUAAGCAUAUGAUUUGGAUCUCUGUUCUUUGGCACAGUGACAAGCACAGAAGUAUGCAGGCUGUCAAUAGGAUUAUUUCCAUCAGAUAUCCAGCUCUUGUUGUGUCUUGUUGUUAGUCACUGUCAGUUUUUUUUUUUGCUUCAGAACAGGGGGGGUGUUUGUGGGUCUUUCAUAUCCUGUACUUGUACAUCAAGGGAACGUAAGUUGUUUUGAUCAAGCUAUUGCCCCUUGUUUAUCUGUACAUUAUUUUAAAAAAUGAAAUGUACAUAGCGGUGUAUAAUAAAUGAUUGUUCUUUUGGGA